CCGCUAUGGCGUCCCGGGCGGCUGUGGUCAUCUGCUUUCUUGCCGCUGUCCCUUUCUUAUGUCUGGAGCUUCAGCGUGGGAUCCCAGAGAUAGGGAUUAAAGAUUUCAUUUUGCUGUGUGGACGGAUUUUUUUACUGCUUGCUCUUCUUACUUUAAUUAUUUCCGUGACUGCCUCAUUGCUUAACUCACUCAAAUCUUCCCAAGUUUGUCUGAAAGAAGAUGGAGAAGAGAAUAAGAGAAGACAACUUGUGAGAAAAAAACAACAAGAAGCACAGAUUGCAAAGGCCAGUAGAUACACAGAGAACAUUUUAAAACCUCGCCAGGAAAUGAAAUUAAAGAAACUGGAAGAACGCUUUUAUCAAAUGACGGGUGAAACCUGGAAGUUAACCAGUGGUCACAAACUUGGGCGUGAUGAAAAUUUGGUGCUUGAAGAUAUGAGCCAGACAUCUUUGGAAACACCAAAUAGAGAAGCUGCUAAGAGCCGAAACCUGCCUAAUGCUGUCAUCAGAGAUCUGCCACCUGCUGACCAGUCCCUGCAGAAGGAGGUUCCUGACUUACCUGAAGAACCUUCUGAAACAGCUGAUGCGGUAGUUACUGUGGCUCUGCGAUGUCCAAAUGGGAGAAUCCUGAGGAGAAGGUUUCUUAAGUCUUGUAGUUCACAGGUCUUGUUUGCCUGGAUGAUGAAAACUGGGUACCACACAUCUCUGUACAGCCUUUUUACUUCCUUUCCCAGAAGACUUCUAGAAGUGGAGGGAGGCUGGUCACUGGCUGAUAUAGGAAUAACUAUGGAUACUCUGCUCACUGUGGGAGAGAAAGAACACAGCAACUAGUAGAGAUGAGAACUACCUGUUCUAAAUAAAAUUGGUUACAUUAUGAUUUAACUGUUCAAUAAUAGAUUCAUGUUAAAAUCAUACUGUACCUUAAGCAUAAGACAGUAGACAUUUUAAAUGAUAUACAUAAGAAUAUAUUAAUGUAAAGAAUUUUAAAGGAUUCUUCUAUGAAGGUAAAUUUUGGGAUGUGUCAUCUUAUACCAAAUAGGAAUGGGGUAACAAAUGUAUACAAAAAGGCACUCAAUUUAUAUUUCUUCCCAACUGUCAUGCUUUUUUUUU